AUGUUGAAGCCAAUUGGGAGGGAGCCAAGAACAAAACGGCAAGGCAAGCCACGCCAUCCUAAGCUUCCAAUAGCCUCACUUUCUCUAAAUGUCUUGAAUAGGGAGCAAGGCCAAGGCAAGGCACGGCAAGGCAAGGCAAGCCAAAGCCACGACAUGCCAAAGCAAGGUAAGGCAAAGCAUGUCAAGGCCACAACAAGGCAAGGCAAAGCAUGCCCAGGCAAGGCAAGACAAGGCAUGCCAAGACAAGUGAAGGUCGUGCGAAGAGAAGGCAAGUACGUAAAAAUACAAAGUGUCGGGUCAGUAGCCUCGCCAAGUUUUGGGGGAAAGUUGAAUGGAAAAAGGGGGGGAAGGGACGAAUCAAAGCGACGCAGGGCUAAAUCUCAAUGGAUAGUGAUAGCAAGACCGCUUUACUACUUACAAUACCCCGUCACGUAUUUAAGUCGUCUACAAAGAAUUCUACCCGCCGCUCAGUAG